ACUAAGCGUCGCUAUGGCUCAGAGCGCCGCCUGCCUUUGCAAUAUCUGGAGAAGCGGCGCCGGCUGAGAAGUCACAAACGAGAGAAACGCGGAGAGAAACCAAUCCUGGGAAUCAUGGACUCGAAGAAGCACGUGGCAAACUUCGGUGCGGGACCUGCUAAACUGCCGCGCUCGGUAUUGUUAGAAGCCCAGAAAGAAUUGGUGGAUUAUAAAGGCCUUGGCAUUAGUGUUCUUGAAAUGAGCCACAGGACAUCUGAUUUUUCAAAAAUCAUCAAAUCAGCUGAAAAUUGUUUGCGUGAACUUCUUAAUAUACCAGACAACUACAAAGUGAUUUUUCUCCAAGGAGGUGGAUCUGGACAAUUUAGUGGUGUUCCAUUUAAUCUGAUUGGGCUAAAAGAAGCCAGGUGUGCUGAUUAUGUGGUUACAGGAGCUUGGUCAGCAAAAGCAGCCAAGGAAGCUGAGAAAUAUGCCAAAGUGAAUCUUGUUCAUCCUAAACUCUCUAGUUAUACAAAAAUCCCUGAUCCAAGCACUUGGAACAUUAACCCUGAUGCCUCUUAUGUCUAUUAUUGUGCGAAUGAGACUGUCCAUGGUGUGGAGUUUGACUUUGUACCUGACGUUGGAAAGGCAGUCUUAGUUUGUGAUAUGUCAUCAAACUUCCUCUCCAGGCCAGUGGAUGUUUCUAAGUUUGGUGUAAUUUUUGCUGGUGCACAGAAGAAUGCUGGCUGUGCUGGUGUCACAGUGGUUAUAGUACGUGAGGAUUUGAUUGGUUUUGCACUCAAAGAGUGCCCAAUUGUGUUGGACUACAAAGUGCAAGUAGAGAACUCCUCAUUAUACAACACUCCUCCAUGCUUCAGUAUCUAUAUCAUGGGCUUGGUCCUGGAGUGGAUAAAAAACAAUGGUGGAACUGCAGCUAUGGAUCAACUUAGCCAAAUGAAAUCACAAAUGAUUUAUAACAUCAUCGACGGAUCCAAUGGAUUCUAUGUGUGCCCUGUGGAGAGGAAGAGCAGAAGCAGAAUGAACGUUCCUUUCCGGAUUGGCAGUAUUAAGGGUGAUGAGGCCCUGGAGAAGCAAUUUCUUGAUAAAGCUGUAGAAAACAACAUGAUAUCCCUGAAAGGGCAUAGAUCUGUGGGAGGAAUCCGUGCUUCUUUAUAUAAUGCAGUGACCAGAGAGGAUACUGAGAAGUUAGCGACAUUUAUGAAGAGCUUCAUGGAGAAACAUCAGUCAUGAACUCAAAGAAAUUGGAAACAGAAGUGUAACGAGUUGAAAAGUGGUAGAAAGACUUCAUAUAAAACAUUCAAUAGGGCAGUCAAAUUUUGGAAAUUACUAAAAAUUCCCUAACUCUUACUAAAAAUUCCCUAACUCUUACAUCAACCUUGUCCCCAAAACAGUUUUGGCUCUUGUAGAUCCAGGCUGGCUUGCCCCAGCACUUUGGGAAUUGGCCCCAGUGUAUAUCACAAUGCUCUGAGGUGUGUGGUUGUUUGGUUUUUUUAAAGGGGGUGGGUGGGAGAUAUUUCAGUGACCCAUCCAAGGACUGGUAAUCUUCUACAUUCCAUAACUGAUAGCACCAUUUCCACUUCUAAGGUACAUUUUAUGUCCAAUAUCUCUUUGGUGCCUUUUGUUACAUUUUCCUGGAGUUAGUCUCUUCCUUGAUCUUUUGAUUCUAAAACUUAACAGGGCUAUGUGCUUAGUACAGUAAGCAGAGUUAAAUUAUUACCCUUGUUUAGAGAACAUAAGGCUACGUUUGGUGGGAACAUUUUUAUAUGUUUAGUAAUUCCAGGUAUAUAUUACUAAUGGUGUCUAAGGAAACUACUGUCACUCAUCCAUUACUUAUUUCAGGUCUUAGUCUUGCAAACAUUUUGAAACAGGAAGCCUAAUAAGUUUUGUUGGCUUGACGGUUGAAUUGUCAAGCACACACUUAACUAUACCAUGGUGCAAUACUGUCUUCCCCACCCCCCCUUUAAAAUAUUGAACUCCAACUUAAAAUAUUUCCAUUGGGCUCCCUUCUAUUCUACAGCACAUAAACCAAAAGCGCUUUCUUUCCCUGUGCUCACCUAGCUUUUUGAAACCAACAUCGCCUUCCAUACCAGACGCCAUACGAUUCCCCCUUAUGAAUGUUUUUGGUCAGGGUUAAGAAUGUAAGAAUUCAUCAUUGCCCAUUCUCCCCUGUAUUCAUCAAACGCAGCACUGUUUUUUCCAUCAAAGACUAUUAUUUGUGUUACUGUCUGCUGUGGCAAAAUUACGUAACUUACACAGUUAUAAUAAUUAUAUACGUUACCUUGUCAUUACAUUAUUCCACCCCAUUCAUUUCAGUGCAAAGGAAAUACAGUGCAAAUGAUGGUGAGAAAUGUAUUCAGCUGCAUAUUAUUUGCAGACAAAGCAACAACAGCAGCAACUACCAAUCAUAUUUGCUGGAUUUAUUUCUGUUCUGGAUAUGGGACGAAUAAGCAAACACUGGCAAUUCACGCUCCCAUUUCUGUUUUUGCCUGAACUCCCUGAUAUCAUUGGGACCUCGAGAGGAAGAGAGGGUAAUAGAUGAUGAUGAUGAUGAUGAUGACAGUCGGGGCCACAUCACAUAUUUUGUGUCCUACUGGAAGCAAAAUGGGGCCCUUUAUGUUCAUCAAACAAUUGUUCCAUACAUUAUUUUUUCCUCCCCUGCAUAGCGAUAGUGUCCUUAUGGGAAACCUGUCAUGUGUGAAGUAACCCACAGUCUAACAUUGAACCUCCCAUUCACCACAAGCUAUCUUUUUACCCUCCUCAUCCUAUUUCAUGUUCUCUCGCUCUCUGGCAUAACUUCCCCAUCUGCCCAAUAAUGUGUCCCUUACAAAUAAAUCUUAGCUAAAACAAUGAGUUUCUCAAAGCCUACAUUCAUUAACUCUCAACACUUUUUUUAAAUGUUCCUGUAGCUGCUUGUUACAUGAAAUAACAAAUUACUGAUAGAAUUUGGCCUCUUGAUCAGUUUGUGUCUCCUCAGGAUUGGCGUUUCUAGAGCUGGGAACAUAGUUCCCAAUUUUUUUGUAUAAUUUCAUGUACAAUAUAAUAAAACAUAUUCAUGCUAAAAUAAUAUUAAGAACACCCCUUUUAUAUUCUUGCUGUUUAUGCUUGAAAGUGUCUGUGCACCCAUAUGGAAGAAAUAGUUUUGUCACCUUACUUUAAAAUAACCAUGUUUUACUUGCUUUGUCGUACACUGAAUUGAAAAAUAAUAAAUUCUUGCUAAGUAUUGCUAAUAAA